CAGCGACAGCAGGGACACAGAGGGAGCAAAAUGGGCAGCAGGACCUUGUUGGCGUGCCUGUCGGGGUUGGCUGUGGUCCUGCUGCUGCUGCUACAGGGCACACAGUCAGUCUCCAUCAAGUACCAAGGCUACCAGGUCCAACUGGAGUCUGUGAAGAAGCUGAAGGCCCUGGAAGGACAGUGGAAGCCCAGCCCCCGCCUGCAGGCCCAGAGCCCCCAGCCCUCUGUAUGCCACCACCCAGCUCUGCCCCUGGACCUCCAGCCUAUCUGUGCCUCCCAGGAGGCUGCCAGCAUUCUGCAGGCCUUGAGGACCAUGGAUAAUGACGAGUGUGAGCUGUGUGUGAACAUUGCCUGUACGGGCUGCUGAGAUGAUCCUGGGCACCCCCAGCCCCAGCCCAUUGCCGUGCAGCUCCCCUCCUCUCCCCUCCCCAAGCUCAAUGGAGAAGCCAUCACCACCUUCCCAGGGCCUAGGCAGCUGGACCCAAGGAGAGCUAAGCCUGUUGUUUCUGAAUAAAGAUUCUGCCCACACGGG